UGUGUGUUUGUGAUGGAGGGGGCUUCUGUGCCACCGACUCCCUGUGACAGAGGCAGGCAGGAUGGCACGACAGCAGUUGCUAACCAGCAGUAGCAGACUAGCAGCUUGUCCCGGGGCACACUGAUGCAGAGCGAGACAUAGCUGACUCCACUGCUGCCAACUCAACGCUAACGGGUCUGUAGUCACAGUCGUGCUAGGGUGCAUCUUUGUGCACCUCGGGGUGUGUGCUUGGGAACAGAGGAGAUCCAGGCAGUCCUGCUAAUGUUCCAUCAGCUGAGCUUUUAGCUGUAGCCCCAGCAGGUGGUUCUCACUUCAACAUCAUGCUGCACCUCACGCUGCUCCUCCAUCUCCUGCUCUUCUCACUCUCUGCUGCAGAUGCAUGGUUUCAUGGGGAGGCACCUGACUUUUAUAGAGAUGAAGCCACAGGUUUCGGGCCAGUGUUCGAGGAGCAGCCGGUGGAAACCAUCUACCCCGAGGAGUCGCCCGAGGCCAAAAUCACCCUAAACUGCCGCACUCGAGCCAAUCCACCUGCCACAUACAUAUGGAAGCUGAACAACAUGAUCAUUGACCUGAAUGAAGAGGGCAGCCAGUACAGUUUAGUAGGAGGCAACUUGGUCAUCAGCAACCCAAUCAAAAACAAACAUGAAGGAAACUACUCCUGCAUGGCUUCCAACACGUUCGGCACAGUCGUCAGCCGAAAGGGCUCGGUCCAGUUUGGAUACCUCGAUCUUUUCUCGUCAGAGGAGAGGGAGACGGUGAAAGUCAAAGAGGGACAGGGGGCAGUGCUGCUCUGCGCGCCCCCACCACAUCAUUCAGCCGAGCUGUCAUUCCGAUGGAUCCUCAAUGAAUUUCCCACCUUCAUCCCCCUGGACAAGCGGCGCUUUGUCUCCCAGUCAAACGGUAACCUCUAUAUCUCCAAGGUGGACUCCACAGACACCGGCAACUACUCCUGCAUUGCGUCCAGCCCAUCCAUUUCCAAGAGCGUUUUCUCCAACUACAUCCCCCUCGUGCCUCUGGCUGAACGUCCCAUCAGGAAAUACCCUGCUGACCUCAAUGUCAAGUUCCCAGACACCACUGCUCUGGUGGGGCAGAAUAUCACCUUGGAGUGCUUCGCUUUGGGAAAUCCAGUACCUGAGAUCCACUGGAAGAAGUUAGAGGGGCCGCUGCCACCCAAUCACGAGGUGCGGAUGGCAGGGGCUCAUCUGCACCUGUACAAUGUGCAGUUUGAAGAUGGUGGCACCUAUCAGUGUGAGGCGGUGAACUCCAGAGGAAAGGACUACCACACCGGUCGUGUGUCUGUAGAGGCUUUCCCUGAGUGGGUGGAGCACAUCAGCAGCACAGAGAAAGACCUCGGUAGCGAGUACACUAUGUCCUGCGUGGCCAGCGGUAAACCCAAACCACGAAUCCACUGGCUGAAAAAUGGAGAACCGCUCGACAGGAAAGAGAUGAAGUUCAGCAGCUUGACGUUUGACGAUUCAGGGAUGUACCAGUGCAUAGCGGAGAAUCACCAUGGAGUCAUCUAUGCCAAUGCUGAGCUGCGUGUGUUUGCCUGCGCUCCCACGUUUGAACUUAACCCAGUGAAGAGAGUCCUGGCUCCGAAAAAUGGCCGGGUGGUGAUCGAAUGUCGCCCCAAAGUGGCCCCGAAGCCCAACUUCUCCUGGAGCAAAGACACAGAGCUGCUCUCCAACUCUACCAGGGUGUUCAUCUUGGAGGAUGGCAGCCUUGAGAUCCUCAAUGUGACGCGAGCGGAUGAAGGCAGGUACACCUGCUUUGCUGAAAAUGACUGGGGCAAGGCCAACAGCACGGGCGCUCUGCUGGUUACAGAGUCCACAAAGAUCACCUUGGCACCGUCCAAUGUCGACGUCAAGGUGGGUGAGAAUGCCUGGAUGCAGUGCGCCGCGUCACACGACUCAACGUUGGACAUCACCUUCAUUUGGUCCCUGGAUGGCCGCGUCAUCGACCUGCACAAGGAGAGCCAACAUUAUGAACGCACACCGAAUGGAAGCUCAAAUGGUGAGUUGCUGAUAAAAAAUGCCCAGCUGAAGCACGCGGGACGAUACAGCUGCACUGCACAGACCACCGUUGACAACAUCACCGCCUCUGCCCACCUGGUCGUCAGGGGUCCCCCCGGUGCCCCAGGUGGGGUGCGAGUGGUGAACAAAACGGACAAGAGUGUAACGCUGCACUGGAGCCGUGGAGCAGACAACCACAGCCCCAUCUCCAAAUACACGAUCCAGUACAGGGAUUCCCUCACAAACGACGUCUGGAAGAUCGGCAGCACAUCUCCUGCAGACGUGGAGGGGAAUACAGAGGUAGCUACAGUGGUGAAUUUGUUCCCCUGGACUGAAUAUGAGUUCAGGGUGUUUGCCACCAACACCCUGGGGACAGGAGAGCCGAGCGAUCCGUCACCUAAAGACAAAACCCUGGAAGCAAUUCCUGUGGUGGCGCCCUCGGACAUCAGCGGUGGCGGAGGCACGAGCAGAGAACUGACCAUCACAUGGACGCCUGUACAGCCACAGUACUACUAUGGUCCAAACUUUGGCUACAUCGUGGCCUUUAAACCUCAAGAUGAUUACCAGUGGAGGACGAUGGUAGUGGCUGACCCCCAGGCCAGCCGCUACGUCCACAAAGAGUCCUCCAUCCCGCCUCUGACCAAGUUUCAAGUCAAAGUCAAAGCGUUCAACAGCGAAGGAGAGGGACCCUACAGCCUCACAGCCAUCAUUUCUUCUGCACAGGAUGCUCCAUCCGAAGCUCCUGGAAGUGUCAAAGGCAAAGCGCUCUCUGCCACAGAUGCGUCUGUGUGGUGGCUGCCCCUCUUACAGAGCAAUAUAGAUGGAUACCAGGUGAAGUACUGGAGGAGUCAUGAGGACGGUGAGGCCGGGGCCCAGAGGGUGGUGGUGCCCAGGAGGGAGAACCACACCAGGUUGGAGGGUAUGAAGCCCGACUCCAUUUACCUCAUCGAGGUUCGGGGUUACAACUCUGCAGGAUACGGGCCGCCCAGCCAGCACCUCCAGAUCCACACCAAGAAAGCCCCUCCAAGUCGACCCCCAAAAAUAAUAGGUAAAAAGUUAAAGGGCCAGUCUGUAAAUAUUGCCUGGGAAGACGUUGAACCGCUGGAUAGUGAGGCCUCGAUAGAUGGUUACAAAGUGCUGUACAGGCAGCAGGGUCACUCAACAGGGAUUCUGUACACAACAAGUAAGCGGUUCAUCGAUCUUCCCCUGCACGCAGAUGGGACCUUUGUGGUGGAGGUCCGGGCUCACUCAGAAGGAGGAGACGGGGCUGUGGCACAAAUCCACAUCACAGGUGGAUGUGCGAUGGCCGCCCAGUCUCUCGGCGUACUUUCCCUGCUCCUGGUGGCUCUCCUCUGCCUGAACCUCUGAAUGUAGCGCCAUCUUUGUCUUCACUUCUCGUGAAGAAGACUCUUUAUGGUAGACGCCUGUAAGGACUUUGGGACUUUCCACACUCUUUUUGGUUCCACCCUACGUGGGACGUCGUAUUCCAACUCUUCCCCUCUGGAAUUUGUUUGUGGGAAAAGACGGAAACGGAAAAAAUUGGAAAUGGACAAAGACAUCCCUUAUUUAUCCACAAAAACGCCUCUUUGGAGGAGCGUCAAAGGGGUUCUGUCAACUUUUUAAAUAUGCCUUAUAUAAAUGACUGCACUUAUCUUUCACAGUAACUUGUUUUACAAUGGAGCAUGACUGAAAAUGUGAACAUUACACGUUGCACAGGUUGGCUUAAGGUUUUUUAACAUGAAGGCUUCAUUUGAUUGGUGAUAUUUUGAAAAAUUUAUCCUACAGCACAUUCCACAGUUUAUGGUGAACAAGUAUCUGUGAAGGAUAAGUGAAUGAGUUUAUAAAAAUGUCUUUGUCUGUCUUUACUUGCAGUUCAGUGGCAUUUUCGUAUGUUUUCUUUCUAAAUGAAGCACAUUCUCUGUUACAGAGAUACAGUCAAAGCAAAUUUCAGCCUUUCACAUACUUGAUUUUAUAACAAGCAUCAUAGAGAAAAGAGCUAUUUAUGUCAUGCCUAAAUACUAUAUCCAAUAAUUGAUAUCGUUUUGUUAUCUAAUAUAUUAUGGAUGUAGUGAAGAAAAAAAUAGAUUGGUUUGACCUGGAAUCUGUGCUUAUUUCCGAACCGUAACAUGAGCUCUGUUAAUAGAGAAACACUAAAAAUCGUGUGCAUGUUAACAUUGUUCCAAUACGUACGUUUUAAAUGGUUUGGGAGUUUAAGCACAUGGAUCCAUAUUUGCAAAACUGAAUGUAAAGCAAACCACAGGGGAACAUAUCAAACAUGCAGUUUCAAAUAUAAAACUGCUGCAAACAUGUAACAGUUGUUAUUCUGAUUGCUUACCGCCUGUGGUAAUAAUUGUACGUCUGGGUCAAUGUUGUUAUCGAUGCUUAAAAAAACUGCUUCAUGUCACUGACCUAAAGCUAAAUCAAGAGUACGUUUGUUUUGACUGUAUCAUUAGGACCUCGGUGGUACCAACCGGUGCUUUGUCAAGAAUGUUGGCAUCUUAUUUAGUGUUGACAUUUUCAUUUCAUCUCUCUCAUUUAUGGCUAUGUGUGAGAGUCACUAUUAACAGUUACAGUGAACAGUAGCGACACUCAUGCCCUCCAAUAACUGUGCAAUGUCUGACUCAUCUGUGGCUACUUUAUAUUUUCCAAUAAGACAACUUGGCUAGCUCCUAUAAUUGUAUAGUCUUGUAUAUUUCAGUUUUCAUUAUAAGCAAAGGCAUCAUUCCAUGUCGGUGGAAAGAGUCAAAGGUGACUGAAUGACUUUGUCUUCACUCCAUUAUUUUUGACUUUUUAUUAACAAAGAGAUCUAUAAACAUUAUCAACUGUUUUUGUUUUAUGACUCAUAUAUUUGUAUGUCUUCACCCAACUCUGUUUGGACAGUUUAAAUGUUCAUUUCCCUCAACAACGAAUGCUGCGUGAUGAGUUCCUACGAUUCACUUGUUGUGUGACUGAUGCUAGCCGUGCUUCUACAUUGUGACUAUAUCAACAUCCACCACAAAGUGCUUUUGCCGGUCAUUCCUUCAUGCGACAAAUCAUAAGAAGAGUUGCCAAAUGCAUGAAUGCCGAGAACCUUGACUGACAUGUUGGUCGAGGCGGUGGCUCUACGUUUGAACAUGCAUGACAGUGGAGACAACGUGUACAUUACUUUGCAACAAAUCGACAUCAUAGCAACUUCUCAACCUCUGUGCUUCAUGCGAAUUACAUUCCAUUCCAUUACUGAGUGACAUCCCCGUAUGUCCGAGACAGUCUACACCUAGGCCUAACGUGGGCUUCAUUGAGCCAGUCAUCUUAGGGCGAGUCUUUAGAGAGAAAACUCGUACAAUGACUAAAGUAAUGUCACUCGUCACAGCUCAGAAAUGGUUCUGCAGUCUUGUGCACACGACGGUUGGGAUGUGAUGGCAUCACUGGUGGCGGUGGCAGCAUGUCUGGCUGUUUGCUGAUGUUCAGUGCUUCGCUGGAGGGCUGAAAGUGGGACCUCUCAUUGGCUGGAUAAGGAACAAUAAAAGUGUAGAUAACUAUUAAA